AUGGAUAGCGACGGAAAUCUAAUUCUGUUUCUGUUGCUAAUUAUGGGUAUUGGGUUUGUGGAACGUGCGUUCUCAUGUCCCAAGGAAUGUGAAUGUGAGCAUCUUUUCGUGAACUGCACUGAUAAACAACUAGAAGAAUUUCCAAUGGGUAUCCCAAUGGAUACCAGGCAGUUAAUCCUCACCCAUAACAACCUGACAUACUUGCCAUCGGUAGAGCUGAAUCUUUUGAUUGACUUAGUCUACUUGGACUGCAGCUACAAUAUUCUAGGAGAUUCACUGGAAGCUACAUUCAUUGCUUUGCCCUUGGUUUACCUGGACCUGAGUCAUAACAACAUUACCAAGAUCACUACUGGCACUUUUUACUUAUUGACAAGCCUCGUUGUUUUGAAAUUAUCAGAUAAUCCCAAUUUGGAAGAAAUUGAGAAGGAUGCUUUUGCCAACAAUACUGGGCUUCGGCAACUGGAACUUAGCCGAACAGCUCUGACUUAUUUGGAUGUGACUACAGUCAGCCAGCUGCCCAGUCUAAGGACAUUAGGCCUCAGCUCCAACCCUUGGGACUGUUACUGCCCUUUGAAAGACUUCCUUAAGUGGGUAAUGGAGAGCGACAUUUACUUUACAGAUGAGGAAAAUAUGACAUGUAGAACACCUCUCCACAUUCAUGGACAACUUCUAAAAAACACAGAGGAACAUAUCAAUUUAAUGUGUUUUACAAACCUUUAUCAAAAAGACUACAUCUUUCUAAUGUUGGUGGGCUUUGUCAUUUUUGGCUCCGGUACAGUCGUAGCGUGGCUAACUGGAGUAUGUAUAGUCAUUUAUGACCGAUUGUGUGGCACCACUGAAGAUGAUGAAGAUGAAGAAGAUUAUGGGCCACCUCCUCCACCAAGAUCCAAGAAGAAAGAGGAGGCAGAAGUCUAAGCAGGUACACCAGUUGAUGCCAACCGCCUCCAAUUUUUUUCCAAAGCUUCUAAAAUGGAAAUACAGCAAAGAACAAAAAAAUAAUCUGUGGCUAUGAAGAAGCUAAUAAUCUUGUCUUCUAGUGCUAAAUAAUUCUACAUUUCACUGCUCUAUCAAAUAAAAACAAUCAAUCUUUAUCUAAA